UAUUUCCACGAAUAAAUGUUUAAUACAUUUUUUAGUUCUUCUGCUUCAAAUUCCAAUAAGACGAAUCCAAGUGAAAGCAAUAACAGCAACACAAGUAAUGCAACUUACAAUUUACCCAUUGAAGAGUCGAAGCUUGCUCAAACUUGGAAUUUAUCUUUAUUAGAAUCUUCAUUUACAGUUGCCGAUGAUGACAGGUUGGAACGCUUAGAACUUUAUUUGUCAGAGUUUGAUCGACAAGUUUACAGGAAAUAUAUUGAAGAUGUUUUAAAAACAAGAGGUCUCAGAAAAAGUUUAAAUUUUUUGGAACGUUUGCACACAUCGGUUCUGCGUAAAGCUAGAUUAGCCUUAGAAAGAUCUAAAGUUCCAUCUGAAGAAGAUGCAUAUUUUCAAGAAGAAUAUGAAGGUGAUCAGGAAUUACGAAGAUAUGGGAUGUGGAGUCCGGAAGCUAAAUCUUUAAAUUUACCAUCAUAUAGAGCUGCAUUUGUAUUUUUAUCAAGGGUUCCACUUGACGUAAUUCAUGAAUUUUUGCGGAUAAGAUUAGAACAAAAACCAAAACAGCCGAGUCCUUUAUCAGUUCGCCAGCUUAUGCGUGAAUUACGCGAGGGAUUGAGAAUUGCGUGUAUACAUCGUGAAAGAUUUGCUGAACACUCAUCGACUGCUGCUGCAUGUGAAGGAUCAUCUACUACAUUAUUUGACAAAGAUGUUAAAGAAUUUGAUGAAAGUUUAAAAUCUGUGUUUAUUGUAUAUCUUGAUUAUUUACAACAAUGGGUACUAAUGGUACAGCACGACAGUUUUCACAAAAAUUUAGUACAAAAUGAAUGGAAUUUCGUAAAAUCUAUUGCUAGAAAAAUUAAUAACGGUACUAUAAUAGCCAGUCGCAAAUUUUGAUAAUUUUAAUCUUUGGGAUAUGCGGUGCAACAAGAUGUUCUGAGUUAGUUAAUCUGAAAACUAUUGAUGUAAAAGACUUUGGCAAUUAUUUCAGUAUAAAUAUCAGGAAUUAUAAAAAUGAUUAUUCUCGUACUUUUAUGAUACGAGUACCUUAUUAUGAUAUAGUGGAAAAGUAUAUAUUGAAAAAAAAGGUACAACACAUGAGAGAGUAAGAGAGACGGAGAGAGAGAAUAAGUAUCGAGAGAGAUUUAAAUGCAGCAACGUACGAUUUUGCCGCCUGCUCGCACGCUGCUGUCAAGACAGUGUGUCAGAGGGCAUAGGUAAACCUGUGCUCGCGCUAGCGAGUCAUUCCGAGUCUAUCUUCGUUCCGCUUCACAUUGCGAAUAGACGCUCUGCGUUUGCGAUUAAUUUUGAGCCGAUUGCGAUGUCAACCGAGCCAGGACGAUUCGUCCGGGACCAUCUUCACGAUGGUCAGGGUAGCCAUUUGUACAUUUGUACUCUCUCUCUCUCUCUCUCUCUCUCUCUCUCUCUCGCCUCGAUCGUGUGUUGGUAGCUGGCCAAACCAUCAAUAAAUAGUUAGCCUAAGUUUUACACUAA